AUGUUUUGGCGCGCGGCAGCGCUUUUGCUGGCUGGCAGUCUGGUUAUGCUCUCGCAACAAACAGACGCAUUUUAUCUCCCCGGAAUUGCGCCGCACGACUACAAGAUUGGCGAAAAGGUCGAUUUACAGGUAAAUUCACUGACGCCCUCGCUCAAUGCGGACAACAAGCUCGAGUCCGUGUUGUCGUACAACUACUACGACGAGCGGUUCCACUUUUGCCGCCCCCAGGGCGGGCCAACGGCUGCGCACGAAUCGCUGGGCAGCAUUCUCUUUGGAGAUCGCAUUUUUGGCUCCAUGUUCAACUUGGAGAUGCUCAGGGACAGCUCGUGCCAGAUGCUGUGUGUGCAGACCAUUCCCGGAGAUGAUGCCGCAUUUAUCAACGACAAGAUUAUGAAGGGCUAUAAUUACAACUGGUUGAUUGAUGGUCUGCCCGCGGCAACCGUCAAGGUUGAGGACCGCACGAAUAAGGAGUUUUAUUCGGUUGGUUUUGAGCUUGGUUCAGCUGUGUCGGGUCAAUUGGUGCCGCACUUCCAUAACCACUAUGAUAUUGCUGUUCAGUACCACACAGUGGACAGCGUCCAUCAUCGUGUUGUCGGUGUUGUUGUCACGCCCCAGAGCAAGCACUCUGUGUACUCGAAGGACACAACACCAUCGUGUGAUACCAUAGAGCCCAUGAACCUGCAUGAGGGCAAGGACAACCAGGUUGUAUUCACAUACUCGGUCAGAUGGGAAAAGUCUGACAAAUCGUGGGCCACUCGCUGGGACGACUAUCUCCAUGCCAUGGACCCGAAGAUACAUUGGUUCAGCCUGAUCAACUCGCUGGUUAUCGUGAUUUUCCUCAGCGCGAUGCUCGGCCUUAUACUGGCGCGCACCUUGUACAAGGACAUUGCCCGGUACAAUGCCGACGAUGCCGAAGACCUACAGGAAGAUUUUGGAUGGAAGCUCGUACACGGAGAUGUGUUCCGUCCGCCACAGAACUUCCAUUAUUUGGCUGUCAUUGUAGGCAGCGGAUAUCAGCUGUUUUGGAUGGCUUUGAUAACCCUUGUCAUUGCACUGCUGGGCUUCCUCUCGCCCUCUAGCCGCGGGUCGCUGAGCACCGCCAUGCUGAUGCUGUACAUUAUCUUUGGCUUUUCCGCCGGCUACAACGCGGCGCACCUGUACCAUUCCUUUGGCGGCACUUCCCUGCGCCAAAUCAUUUUGCUCACGGCCAUGUGCAUUCCGGGGGUGUGCUGCACCAUACUAAUUGUCAUCAACUUGUGCCUGGUGGUAGCCAACUCGUCGGCGGCCGCUCCCGCUGGAACGCUACUUGGCGUGAUUGCAUUGUGGUUUAUAAUUUCGAUCCCAUUGACCGUUGCCGGCGGCUAUUUUGGCUACAAACGCAAGACAUUUGACCCGCCCGUGCGCGUCAACCAGAUCCCGCGGCAAAUCCCUGAGCAGCCUUGGUACCUCCGGCCCAUCCCUUCGGCGCUGAUGGGCGGUGUGCUAACCUUUGGUGCCAUUUUCAUCGAGCUGUACUUUAUCAUGAACAGCAUCUGGUUCCACAAGGUGUAUUAUGUGUUUGGGUUUUUGUUCCUCGUCUUCAUCAUCCUGAUUCUCACGACCGCCGAGGUCACUGUGCUUCUGACAUACUUUCACUUGUGCGCAGAGGACUACAGGUGGCACUGGCGCUCGGUGUACACUGCAGGUGCAUCUGCGUUCUAUGUAUUCUUGUACGGCGUGCUGUUUUAUUUCUCUCGACUGCGUCUGGCCUCGUACGCGUCACUCGUCAUUUACUUUGGCUGGAUGGCUGUUGCCUGCUUCCUGUUCUUUGUUCUAACGGGUGCCACUGGCUUUGUAGCCAGCCACCUCUUUGUUCGGCGAAUCUACGGCGCGAUCAAGAUUGACUAA